CACCGUUGUGUCUCCCUGGCUCGCUGAGUGCGCCUGCGCCGGUGUGUGUCGUCACGUCCGCUCCGGUGUUCUCUCCUCACGGCUCCGCCAUGUUCCCGGGAUGGCCUCCCCGUUACAGCGGCCCGGCUGCCCCCGCUGCCCCCACAGCACCUCCCCCGGCCCCGGCCUUCCAGAGCCUCCGGGACCAGCACCUGGCCCAGCUCGAGCAGCUCCAGCGGAUGCACCAGCGCCAGCUCGAGUCCGUCCUUCCCGCCGGACCUCCGGUAGCCUCCGCUCCUCCCCCGCCGAGGCCCUACUACGCCCCCCCGCGGCCGCCCGCCGCCUACUCCUUCCCGCCCCCACCCUACGGACACUCGGUGCCCCCGCCCGACUACCAGCAGCCUCCUCCCCCACCGGAGCCCGAGCAGCCCCCGCCGCCCCCCGCACCGGACCAACAGCCGCCGCCGCCCUCCGAAGACGGAACAGAACGGACGAGCAGCGACCUGGAGGAACAGCAGCAGUAUUAUUAUAAGCAGCAUCUGCUCAGUCUCCAGCAGAAAUCCAAGAAACGUGUGACGGAGGCGAGCGAUCCCGAUCCUGUGCACAGUGUCCCCCAAACGUCUGUGGGACAUGCUCCGCCCCUGCCUAGCCAGGAGCCUCCCCCAGUGGAUAAGGUCCCGCCCCCCGGACAGGACACCACGCCGGGCCUGACCCUGACAGAGGAUCCGGAGCAGGCGCAACGGCUGAAGACCCUGCAGGAGGCGGCCGCACACUGGCAGCAACACGAGCAGCAUCGCCUCGGAUUCCAGUACCAGGGGAUCAUCCAGAAACACAGCGCGCUGCAGCAGCUGCUUCAACGAUACCAGCAGCUUGUAGUGGAGCCCCCCCACCUCGCUGCCCUGUCGGUGGAGGUCCAGCUCCAGCACUACGAGGUGCAGCAGAAGCAGCUUGUGCCCCUUCUCCAGGAAUGGGAGAAUCAGUUUAAGAAGUGGCAGGAGUUACUGCAGACAUACCCACACAAGGACCAGCUACAGGACUACCACGUGCAGUGGACAUCAUGGCAGGCACACAUGAAGUCCUCAAAAACCCAGUUGAAAGAGAAAGUGGCCUCCUUGAAAAGUCUGAAGCAGCAGUAUGGAGGCAACCACUACAUUGCGGUGGUCCCUCAGUACCCUCAGUAUUCUCCAGUGCUGCCCCCUUCUGUGCCUGCUGUUGCACCCCUGGGAAUAACUGUACCUCCUCCUUAUCCUGCCCCCGGACCCCCAAUGUAUAGCACUGUUCCCCCUCCUCCCUUACCUACUGCACCAGCAACAUCUUAUCCUGAGGCGGCUCCCCCUCUGCCCCCGGCCUCUGCCCCUCCGCUGCCACCUGUCACCAGUGCCCCACCUCCUCCCCCUCCAGCUAGUGCAGAUUCUGUGGAAGCAGUGCCACCACCUUUACCACCCAGCAGUGAGAGCAGCUACGAAGCAGCUGCUGCAGCUCUUCCUUCAUCACACACUAUUCCUCCCGCUGAGGUGCCCACUACCUCUCCCCAGAUUGUAGCCCCUUCUGGGGCCGUCUCUGCGUCUGCUGUAGCAGUGGAUAAAGCUCUGCCACCAGGCCUCACCUAUCAGGCCCAGCAAGCUCUUCUAAAGAAUGCCAAGGCCACCUCAUAUACUCCAUUAUCCCAGAGCGCCCCGCCGCUUCCUACCUGUCUGCCAGAAUCCCCAACCACUGAUCAGUCAUUGGAGAAAUGCCCUGAACCCAAGGAGGACUCCAAACUUUCUAUUUUGUCUUCUGGUCUGUCCACUGCACAAGAAAAGGAGAAUGCUCCUCCUGUCCCACCGAUGGGCCAUCAACAGAACACGGCAGGGCCCAGAUUUCCUGGCCCAGGCCGUGGGUCCCAAACAUUUCACGCUCCCAGAGGACAGUUCGAUGGGUCCCAAGGAUCACUUGGUUUUCGUGGUCCUCGUCCUUUUUUAGAUGGAAAGCACUUUCAGGGCCCUGGCGUGCGUUCAAAUGCUUUUAUGGGUCAGAACCAGCACUUCACCAAGGAGCAGCAUGAAUCUGCAGUGAAACUGGGAGAAGGCGACACGUCUACUCACAGCUUAGAGGCUGGCCUCCAAACGCAGACUCCAGACAAGCAACAGUGGGAGCGAGGGGGAGAGAAUAAGUGGGAGAAAGGAGAACUUCCUGGAAAAAAGUGGGAUCAGCAACAUGUGCCUGCAAACAGAUGGGACCAGGUGGAAGAAACUUCACAUCACAUGUGGGACAGACCCAGUGGGCCCCCAGAACGUAGUUGGGACAAUGCUGGUAGAAACAAAUGGGAUGCUAAAGGCAGUCGAUUUUCUAAUAGGUCAGGACGAUUUGAUGGACCUCCUCAGGAAAAUACGGAUAUUGUGGAAUCCCACAAGUGCAAUCCUGACAGCCAGACUGACCAUCCGGGGUUAGACAGAACUGAGGCUCUACCAGGGGACAUGAGAAAUAAGCAGGAAGGUUCUCAGUUUAAUAGACUAGAUAGUCAGAGGGAUCCCAUGGGUCAUACAUGGGGAGACAACUGGAGUGACUCCCAGCAUGAUAGAUGGGGUGGCCCUGAUAGAGGACCUCAAGAUCGGUGGGGCACCACAGAGAAAGCUCCAGAGCACUUUGGGGAUGCUGGUGGUCCAGGCCUUGACAGGGUCAGAAAUCGUGAGGGUCCCCCGCUUGAUAGGUUUAAUGUUCAUGAAGUUCCAUUCCAUGCACCAAAUCGCUUCAGGUUUGGUGCUCCCGAGAUGCCUCCCCGUGGAAGAGCUAGAUUUCCAGGUGGACCUCCACGAGGCAGGUUUGCUGGCCCAGAGGGCUAUAACCGUGAUAGGUUUGACAAUCCUGAGGGACUUGCAAGUGACAGGUUUGGUGGUCCAGAGGGAGGAAAUCGAGAUCAGUUAAGCAAUCCAGAAGAUCGUCCUCGAGAUCUUUUUGAAGGCCCUAAUUUUCCACCAUCUAGGAACCGCUUUGGUGGCCCUCAACCUCCCCCAGAACGGUUUCGGGGCCCUGACUUAGAUCAGUUUGGUCAUGAUGGAGGUCCCCGUGAUGAUUGGGGCUUGUCUGAAGAACAGGAAAGGUUUGAUAACUCUCAGGACAGUUGGGUUGGUAAUAGGGCCCCAUUUAAUAAGGGUGCUGGUAAACCAGACUGGCAUCCAGAGGGGGAUAUGAUGGAGAGGGGACCACCUUUGCCUGUGGAGGCUCCUGUAAACAAAGAGCUGCAUGUGGAUGAAAGGUGGAAGGGCAUGGCAGGGGAGCAGUGGGGGAAGUUCAACUUUGGUCCUGAAGAUCCAAAAAGCCGUCACACUUUAACUCAUGACAGCCCAGCUCACAAGGAAACCUCGCCUGAUGUGACAUUGAAAACCAAUAUGCAGAGUGCUCCCAAGACCUUAUCAGGGACCUUCCACAGCCGCUUCCAGACAGGUAAUCAGAUGUUUAAGGCUCCUAGUGCUGACGUAGGGAAAACUGAUGUAGAGAUGGAAGACAUUAAAACAUCACAUGAAGGCCACCUUAAUAAAGAUAGUCAAUCCAUAGUCUCAGUGGCCCCACCGCAGGUCAGACCGGCUUCACCCACAAGUAAGAGGGCACCUGACACAACAGAUUCCAGGCUCCCAAAACCACAUUCAGUGCCGUCAGAAGGGAACGACUUAACUGGUGCUGACAAAAAAAUGGACUCUCGGGCUGAGGCGGCUGGUCCUGUGAAAAGCUCUUCUCUGCUGAGUGGACCCAAAGAGCCUACUGGAAGUUUAAAAGUGCCACCAGAUGAUACCAAGCUUCCCGAUUCGGAGACUCCAAAACCUAAUGUCCCCCAGGUUCCUAUGGCUAAGAUGACUGUACAGACAACUCCUGUAAAGCCAGAAGAGAUCAAAGUGUCUUCCCAUGGCUCUUCUGACACUCAGCCACCUCCUACUGCUAAAAAUGACCUUUCAACAUUCUCUUCUCAGUCUUCUGCAAAGCCAGCUCCUGCCAUCAGACCUGGUGCUCCCCAUGUUUCCACCCCUGUCAUGUUUGGAACUCUUCAAACUGCUCCUCCUGUCAGACCUGUAGCCCCUCAUGUUGCUCCUUUCAAGCCUGGACUACUUCAGGGUGGUGUCCCUGUGAGGCCCGGAGCACCUCGGGGGUUUCCACCACUCAGACCUGGUGUUCCACGAGCUUCACCUCAUGUCAGACCUGGAGCCCCUCGGCCUCCUUUACCUCCUAGGCCCGGCGCUCCUUGGGCUUCUCCAUCCAUUAGACAAGGGAUUCCUCAGGCAGCUACCCCAGUCAGGCCUGGGCUAGUCAGAGGAGCCCGCCCUGUUAGGCCUGGAGCACCCAGAAUGCCUCCCCCCAUUAGACCCACUGACUUUCAGACCCCAUUUUCUGAUGAAGAGUUCAAUGAGGAAGUUCCCCCAAAUGAAGACAAUGUGUAUGAGCAGCCUAUGGGUGCAGAUCCCAUGGCACAGCCCUUCUAUAAAGGGAAUGAUUUUGGUAAAUCAAUGAAUGAACCGCAGGUUCUAUCAGAUCAUGACCCUAUUGUGGAAAGAAAGCAGAUUUCCAGAAUACCGUGCCCAGAUGGUCAUCAUGGACCUAUGAGGCAGAAUUUUCCUGAUCAAGAUUUUGACAGUGUAGAAAGCCAUUCUCACCAUGAGACAGCAAGACAAGGAAGUUUUAGAGAAUAUGAGAUGUCGGAAGAACCGGAUUAUAAUGCAGAUGAUUUCCCUAGUCAAGGUCCAAGGAGAGGGAACUUUGAUCCAAGAUUUCAUCAUCCAUCCAGGGGUCGGUCAAGGGGGUUUGUUCGUGAUAGGCUUCCACCCAGACCGGGAACUAGAGACAUAAUGGAGGUUCCUAGUGAUAGAAGUUUUGAGCCUAGAGAUCCAUUUUUAGAGGAGAGACCACCAUUUAGAGAUGGCCCAGAAGAUCAUCCACCAUAUGAUCGUGAGGCCUUCCGGGGGGAGUCACGUUUCCUUGAGAGGGAAAGGUUUCUAGAUCCUUUGUUAGAUGAUCGCAGAAGAGACCUUCCAGGGGAAGGGCCAAGAAGUGAGAAUUGGGAAAGGGAUCGAUACUGGCGGGACCGUGACCCAGAGUUUGCAAGAGACCCAUAUUUCAGGGAAGACAGACUCCCUUUGCCCAUUCCUCCUAUGCCUCGGGAUUUAGAUGGUAGACAUGACCCUUGGCUUCGGGAGAGAAGUAUAGAACGAGAAGGCUACUUUGACAGAGCAGAAAGACGUUACAUAUUUGACGCUGAUGUUGGUAGAGAUUUUCCUAGAAUUCCAGAUGAUCUUGAUCUUCCUCUCAGAGAGAGGGACUGGCUUCCGCCUCGGAGGUCUCUGUCACCACAUCGUCCUUUCUCCCCAGUUCAUUCUCGUCCUCCGUUGCCACCUCUUCCUCCUCUUGAGGAAUACCUGAAUGACAGAUGGAGGCUGGACAGAGAGCUUGCUGACAGAGAUUUUCGUGAACGUGUGGAGCUCAGGAUUCGGGAAUACCCCGACGUUCCCUUGUGGCAUGAUAGAAAACGGAACGAAUAUUUAGAAAACCCAGGACUGGAACCUAGAGAUGACCGAUGGUUCAAAUCUGAAAGAGUAAUGGAGGAAGGAAGAAAUAUGCUUCCACUUCAGCCCUCUGUAGCUCCAGAAUUACUUGGCCUUCCCACACAGUCAGCCGUACCGGAGUCUGAACCCGUAAGCCAGGGUGUGGUCGCCCUGAGCCAGAGACAACAUGAAAUCAUCCUGAAGGCCGCCCAGGAGCUCAAAAUGCUUCGGGAGCAGAAGGAACAGCUGGACAAUCUAAAGAACUUCUUUAGUGAUAACAAUCCAUCCAAUCCCUUGAAGGCUGCAGCAGACCCCCAGUCAGUGGCGUUACAGAGGCCUCCAGACGCAUUGGAGAAAGAGAAGGCUGGCUCCAUGGGUGGCCGGGGGCCUGCAGAGCACUGGGAUGAAGACUCCUUCAGUGGUCUCUGGGAUGAAGAACGACAAGCAGCUCAUUCAGCUAAUCUUCCCAUUGGGUCCAAAAUGCCAGGAAUUCAGCAGACGGUGGACUAUGGCCAUGGUAGAGACAUCACAGUGGGGAAGGUGGAGCAGACCCCCUAUGGGGAGAGAGUGGUGCUGCUACCAGAGUCUACACUGGAUAGGGGCAUCCCUUCAUUUCCUAAAGAUUAUUUGAUCGAUUGCUAUGACCGAGACCUCAGGGACCGGGACCCUUACUUUGAAAGGCCGAGCAGUAAGCACCCUGACCGCCGGGUCUAUGAGCGAGAAAGGGAUCGUGACCGUUCAGAUUCUCACAGAGAGCGAGGAGACCACGACAGAGAGCGGUUUGACCGCGAUCGUCACUCACGGGACGAAAGGUAA